AUGGAUCGAGCUGCAUUCUGUACCGAGCUGCAGCUUCAGGGCAGCUCUAAUUGGAUCAACAACUGUCUGAUCCCCAUCAACCAGCCUGACCUGGGGGGGGGAAGAGGGGUUGAGGGGAAGGGGGGAGGAGAGAGCAGGGGAGGGAGGGAGAGGAGGGAGAGAGGGAUCCCCAUCAACCAGCCUGACCUGCGAGAGGGAGGGAGGGAGAGGGGGGAGAGAGGGAUCCCCAUCAACCAGCCUGACCUGCGAGAGGGAGGGAGGGAGAGGAGGGAGAGAGGGAUCCCCAUCAACCAGCCUGACCUGCGAGAGGGAGGGAGGGAGAGGGGGGAGAGAGGGAUCCCCAUCAACCAGCCUGACCUGCGAGAGGGAGGGAGGGAGAGGAGGGAGAGAGGGAUCCCCAUCAACCAGCCUGACCUGCGAGAGGGAGGGAGGGAGAGGGGGGAGAGAGGGAGAGGAGGGAGGGAAAGCAGGGGAGGGGGGGAGGAGAGGGGAGGGAGGGGGGGAGAGGGAUCCCCAUCAACCAGCCUGACCUAUGAGAGGGAGGGAGGCAGGGGGGGAGGGAGGGAGAGCCAGAGAGGGGGAGUUGGCAGCAACGGGACGUCCCCACCUGUGGCAGAACACGCUCCGAGAACACGCUCAGAGAACACGCUCAGAGAACACGCUCAGACAACACGCUCAGACAACACGCUCAGACAACACGCUCAGACAACACGCUCCGAGAACACGCUCCGAGAACACGCUCCGAGAACACGCUCCGAGAACACGCUCCGAGAACACGCUCAGACAACACGCUCAGACAACACGCUCAGACAACACGCUCAGACAACACGCUCAGACAACACGCUCAGACAACACGCUCAGACAACACGCUCAGACAACACGCUCAGACAACACGCUCAGACAACACGCUCAGACAACACGCUCAGAGAACACGCUCAGACAACACGCUCAGACAAACGCUCAGAAACACGCUCAGACAACACGCUCAGACAACACGCUCAGACAACACGCUCGACAACACGCUCAGACAACACGCUCAGACAACACGCUCAGACAACACGCUCAGACAACACGCUCAGACAACACGCUAGAACACGCUCAGACAACACGCUCAGACAACACGCUCAGACAACACGCUCAGACAACACGCUCAGACAACACGCUCAGACAACACGCUCAGACAACACGCUCAGACAACACGCUCAGACAACACGCUCAGACAACACGCUCAGACAACACGCUCAGACAACACGCUCAGACAACACGCUCAGACAACACGCUCAGACAACACGCUCAGAGAACACGCUCAGACAACACGCUCAGAGAACACGCUCAGAGAACACGCUCAGACAACACGCUCUGAGAACACGCUCUGAGAACACGCUCUCAGAACACGCUCAGAGAACACGCUCAGAGAACACGCUCAGACAACACGCUCAGACAACACGCUCAGACAACACGCUCAGACAACACGCUCAGACAACACGCUCAGACAACACGCUCAGACAACACGCUCAGACAACACGCUCAGACAACACGCUCAGACAACACGCUCAGACAACACGCUCAGACAACACGCUCAGACAACACGCUCAGACAACACGCUCUGAGAACACGCUCUGA